GGCUGGAGCGGGAUAAGUUUGACAACAAGACGGUUUCAUUCGAGGAGCACAUCAAGUCAGAACACAACAUGUGGCACUAUCUAUAUUUUAUCGUUCUGGUCAGAGUGAAAGACCCAACGGAAUAUACUGGACCCGAAAGUUACGUGGCCCAAAUGAUUGCGGAAAAAAACUUGGAGUGGUUUCCCCGGAUGAGAGCCAUGUCCCUGGUCAGCAACGAAGGGGAUAACGAACAGAACGAAAUCAGGAAUCUGCAAGAAAGGUUGGAGUCCACCAUGAGUUUGGUCAAGCAGCUGUCCAGCCAACUAGCUGAGCUUAAAGAGCAGGCCACAUCUCAUGAUGGAAUUGUCAACAGUGAGGCCUUCGAAUUUGAUCUAUAA